CCGGUUUUCGUUACAUUUGCUGCGAGACACGCGAGAUGAACACAUGGUUUAAUUAGAGAAUAGACGCGAAUAAUAACGAAUAAAUUCAGCGAUAUCAACGGAUAUUAUUCCUCUUGUCUCGCGUCCUCGAUAUCGUCCUCCCUCGCAAAAGUUUUACGUGCUUCUUCGCGUUUUCUUGAUGUGAACCUGUGCCGGCUGACGAACAGAUGAAUUAACGAGAAACCUGACAUUUCCGUGAGGGAAAAGAAACGCUAAGAAUAUCGAGAGUGUACUUGAUCACGCUGAGACUGCUGUGAUAUAAAAAUGCCGACUAUUGGAGUAAAACGUGACUCGCUGUUCAAAGCGUUGGGCAAAACGUAUUCCGACGACGAGUUCCAAACGUUAUGCUUCAAGUUUGGUUUGGAGCUAGACGAAGUGACAACGGAGAAACAGAUGAUAGCGAAAGAACAAGGCUCCGACCAAGGUGUAGAUGCCUCCGAAGAAAUUAUCUACAAGAUUGAUAUACCUGCUAACAGAUAUGAUCUCUUGUGCUUGGAGAGCCUAAGUACUGGACUGCUCAUAUUCUUAAACAAGAUAUCUAUUCCACGUUACAAGGCAAUAAAACCGAAAACGGGAAUGGAAAAGAUUGUGAUGAGUCCAGAGUGCUUGAAAGUAAGGGGACACAUAGUUGCUGCAAUUUUGAGGGACGUUACCUUAACACAGGAGUCUUACAACAGCUUUAUCGAUCUUCAAGAUAAGCUGCAUCAGAAUAUAGGAAGAAAACGCAGUCUAGUCUCUAUUGGCACUCAUGACUUGGACACAGUUAAAGGCCCAUUCCUGUAUGAUGCCAGACCACCAUCGGAGAUACGUUUCAAACCGCUUAAUCAAGAUAAAGAAUAUACAGGAGAAGAAAUCAUGGAAUUGUAUGCAACACACGCGCAGCUCAAACAAUAUUUACCUAUCAUAAAAGACAGUCCUGUUUACCCGGUGGUAUAUGACAGUAAUGGUGUCGUUUUAUCUCUCCCUCCUAUCAUCAAUGGCGAUCAUUCAAAGAUCACGCUCGAUACAAAAAAUAUUUUCAUUGAGUGCACAGCAACUGAUCUCACAAAGGCAAGGAUAGUGGUGGACACUAUAGUCUGCGCUUUCAGUCAGUAUUGCAAGACGAAAUGUACAGCCGAAAUUGUGGAAGUAGUGUAUCCCGAUAAACAGACUUUCUACUAUCCAGAAUUAAAAUAUCGAACGGAAGAGAUCAGCCAUAAUAAAGCAAUUAGCUACAUUGGGAUCAAGCAAACACCGGAUCAAGUGGCGGAGUUAUUGUCAAAGAUGUCUUUAAAAUCCAAGGUGAAAGGCAAGGAUACGUUAAUGGUGGAAAUACCACCGACGAGACACGAUGUGAUACAUCCUUGUGAUAUUUAUGAGGACGUCGCCAUCGCCUAUGGGUAUAACGAAAUAGAGAAGACGAUACCACAUAUGUCGACAAUCGCAGCAGAGUUUCCACUCAACAAGCUUACCGACCAGAUACGAGUGGAAUUGGCCCAAGCGGGAUUCACCGAAGCGCUGACCUUCUCUUUGUGUUCGCGUGAGGAUGUAGCAGACAAAUUGAGACACAAGCUGGAGGAUGUACCGGCAGUUCACAUAUCCAAUCCAAAAACUUUGGAAUUUCAGGUCGCGCGUACUACGCUUUUACCGGGAUUACUCAAGACGAUAUCUGCGAAUAAAAAAAUGCCUCUGCCUCACAAGCUGUUCGAAGUUUCCGACGUUGUAUUGCGAGACGACACGGCGGAAGUCGGUGCGCGCAACAAUCGCCGUUUAUGCGCGGUAUAUGCUAAUAAAUCGGCUGGUUUCGAGAUAAUUCACGGCCUAGUGGACAGAGUGUUAUUAUUAUUGGAGAUACCUUGGAGCGCUAAUAAAGACGAAGAUGGAUAUUAUCUGCGCGCGGCUGACGACCCGACAUUUUUCCCUCAGCGAUGCGCCGAAAUUGUCUGUCACGGUAAAGUGAUAGGAAAGAUGGGAGUCCUACAUCCCGAUGUACUCUCGAAGUUCGAAUUAAAUAUUCCAUGUUCUGCGAUGGAAAUAGAUAUCGAGCUAUUCUUAUAAUAGAAGUAAACGAAAUGUGCAAAUAGUACAGUGAUAAUGAUACAUUUGACGAGAUCAAAAUGUAGCUUCUAUCAUGUUUUUUUUUUUAACAGAAUUUCCGAUAAGAUUUAUUUAUGAUAAUUAGUGUUACGUAUGUAAAAACGCCUUUACAAAUAGCAUUUGAAAUAUAUUUAUUAUGUGAUUGAUA